AUGAAGGUGCUCAUUUUGUUAACAGUUUUAGUCGGCAGCAUUUUAGUGUGCGAAGCACAAUAUGGUGGAGGUGGUGGUGGAGGAGGGCCAUUUGGUGGUGGAGGUGGUGGACCUUAUGGUGGCGGUGGUGGUGGUCGCCCAAUAGGAGGCGGUGGAGGCGGUGGUUUCCCAUCAGGUGGUGGAGGAGGACCAUACGGUGGCGGUGGUGGUGGACCAUACGGUGGCGGUGGUGGUGGACCAUACGGUGGUGGUGGCGGCGGUGGAUAUCGUCGCAAAUAG